UCUAUCUAUCUAUCUUUCUAUCUAUCUAUCUAUCUAUCUAUCUAUCUAUCUAUCUAUCUAUCUAUCUAUCUAUCAUAAUAGUAUUAUAAUAAUAACAAUGAACUGAACCUAUUGCACUGAUUACCUGAGACAUACAGACAAGGUGCAAUGCAAGAAAUGCCAGUCUUUCAGUCCAGUGUGCCUCAAGUGGAGGGGAGGUUAAGCCGCAGUGUUCCCAGCCUGCCUGCGAUCAGACUUGACAGGUUGAAAACCGCUAAGGCAUUGGCUGAGAAAGCAGUCAAGUUGAGAAAAGUGUUUUCAGUGCAAGGGCCCUAUCCUGUGAUCCGUGCUGCCUUGUGGGCCAGAGGGUGGGUGGAACGUGGUCUGCCUCCUCAAGUUCAGAGAGCAUCUCAUUGCCAUGGCGAUGAGGAGGAGGAUGGAGAUGAUGCUGAUGUUACUGUUGAUGGAGGGGAGAAAGAGGAGAACCUUGAUGACACGUAUGACCUCAUGUCUCGCCUGGUCCGAAACGAAACAGCACAUUUCUACUGGACAACACGACGGGAUUGCAUCGACCGCCGCUCCCUGCGGAAUGACCAAAUGACCAAUCACUUUGCAAAUGCGGGAACUUUCACCACGAAGGUGGGGCUCUGUCUGAACCUGCGAAACCUUCAGUGGUUUGAUAAAGCAGAUCCUGACACCUUCUUUCCAAGAUGCUACAUGCUUGGAGCAGAGGAUGAGAAGCACUCAUUUAUAGAGGACUUUAGGAGGACCGCCUGCACCAGUUUGCUGCAGCAUGUGGUCGAAACAAAGGGACGGAGGAGAGUGGGAGCAGAGGUCGGGGACCAAAAAGCCAGAAACAGCAUCUCUGAAAAGUCAGAUAACGUGGAGCAUCGAUCCGUGGGUCCGGAGACGAUCGACACAGCCUUACACGUGUGUGAAGAGUUUCUCAGUGUUUUAGAGCACGGCGACAUUGAUGUGAAACCCCCCCCGGCAGUGGAGGAGCAGCAGUGGGCAGAGUUCCUGCAAGACUACUACAUGGUUGUGCAUGAAGGUGCACUGAUCAGGGGUAGCGGUGUGUUAGUGGAGCGCUGCCAGGCCAUGUUGACCCGUCUGCAGGCGGCUUGUCCUCAGCUCGACACAGACGGACUCAAUAACAUCUGGAUCAUCAAACCAGGAGCCAUGUCUAGAGGACGAGGCAUUAUGUGUAUGAACCGGCUAGAAGAGAUUUUGGCCCACGUGGACACAAACAGAAUCUUUACCAGGGGGAGUAAGUGGGUGGUGCAGAAAUACCUGGAACGUCCUCUGCUGGUCCACGGCACCAAAUUCGACCUCCGCCAGUGGUUCCUGGUGACCGACUGGAACCCUCUGACCGUGUGGUUUUACAGAGAGUGCUACCUGCGGUUCUCCACUCAGCCCUACACAACAAACACUCUGGACAGCUCAAUCCACCUGUGCAACAACUCUAUCCAGAAGCACUUCCAGCCAUCUCAUGAUCGCCAUCCAGGCGUGCCCCCGGACAACAUGUGGUCCUGCUCCCAGUUCAAGGCUUUUCUGCAGCAGCAGGGCUGUGGGGCGCAGUGGGAGAUGGUGGUGGUCCCCGGCAUGCAGCAGGCAGUGAUUCAUGCCCUGCAGACUGCCCAGGACCUGGUGGAGCCCCGCAAGGCGAGCUUUGAGCUCUACGGAGCCGACUUCAUGUUGGGCCGAGAUCUGAGGCCCUGGCUCCUGGAGAUCAAUGCCAGUCCGACCAUGUCCUGUUCCACUGCUGUGACCGCCCGCCUCUGCCCCGCUGUGCAACUGGACACACUCAGGGUCGUGCUGGACUGGCGCUCUGAUUCCAGUGCUUACACAGGAGGCUUCAAGCUAAUCUACAAACAGGCUGCAGUAGAUGUUCCUCACUAUGUUGGCAUGAACCUGUUGGUGGAAGGAACCGCAGUUAGGCAACUCAGACCUCUCCUACAGAGGCAAUGUUUUAUUUCUAAUGCUCCUCUCUCUACCCAGCCCCCGUCGGACCACUCAUCUUCAGAGGAGGCUGAAACAUCACAUAGUAAUCCAUCACCUCACAAGCCCCACAUGAUUUCUGCUUUUCGCCGUUCAGACAAAGAGAACAGCGCUAUUGAAGAGAAAAAGAGGCAGCUGACGUCCACAACCCCAAAGAGGGUACGUGAGGCGAGAACAGACAUUCAGAAUACCCAGAAUGCCUCCUGUGUUCGCGGGUUCUGCCAAAGUCUGGGGUCUGAACAGCCUUUAACGGCACACACCAAACGUCAGAGGAAAGUGCAACGUUUGGGUUUGCGUCUUGGUGCCAUCGGUCCAGCUCUUGUCCCACGGAGUGUCUCUUUUUCGCUGAGCCCUCCUCACGACACGCUACAUGGUAAAUCUCAGCCCAUUCGAGGCCACGGAUCACACAUCUCUAGAUCCUUCCUUCCCCAGACAGCUAUGGAGCCCCAGCACCAGGCGUCCACCCGGGUCUUACCGUCACUCCAGGUUCCUCUCCCUACCCUGGAGGUCUUCAGCUUGCGGCCAAACAUUGUGGCAGGAGCUGUUGGCUUUCAUAAUACAAAUUCUGGCAUCCACAGGCAUCACUCAUUCCUCCGUCCCCAUAGACAAACCAGGCCCAAAUAUAUUGGAGACUGUGGAGGGAAACAUUAACACUAAUGCUGCUAUGAAGAGAAAUGAUGAUGAAUAUUAUUACUAAUUGUUAUUCAUUUCUAUAAGAAUUUACUCCCUGAUAAAUAUUAUGUUACUUUCUGGUAUCAGGGAUUAAACAUUAGAGCGUCUAUGUGUUUAUAAUUUGUAAGUGAUUAUAGCAUUAUAUUCAUGGUAAGAUAGUAAGAUUCUACUUGUUGAGGGGAUUACCUUGAAAAAAAGGGAUUUUAAAAUGCAACAUCAAGAUAAAUAUGAGUAAAUUGUUACACAUACAUUAUUCUUGAGUAAUGUUUUAUUUUGAAAUUUAAAUUAUCAUUAUGGUUAGAUAUAUUUAAUCAAUAUGAUACUAGGAACUAUGCUUUUGCCCACUCAAUACUCAUAUACAACAUGAUGUUAUGUGGCGUUGUUACAAAAAAAUACCUUCAUGGGACAAAUUUAAUUUUAUUUACAAAUACGAGUUAUAUUUUGUGAUAUCGCUGAUGGUGUCAAACCAUCAUCCACAGGGUUUGACAUACAUGGGGUAUAAUGGUUACGAUUGGAGUCUUGACAACUGAUCGGAGAGGUACAUAUUAAAAAUAGAUGGACAGUAUUAAUGGGUCAUAUUCAUCUUUCGGGGGAACUAACAGUUUGCUCAAAAUUGGAUGUAGGUGUUACAUGUCUCCAGCAGGUGGCAGUAGAUUCCCAAUAAUCCAGUAGUAUGUUUAUGUUAAAGCCUUGAUCGAAGAGAGAAUAAAAGGUCUUCGAUCUUUAUUUUGAAGUUGGUUUUUCAACAUUUAUCAGAUAUUUCGCCCCUUUUCAUAAAUACAAAGUCCAAAUAAAGGUAAAAUAUCUUUUUCAACUUAAAAAAUCUUUCCUGUCACAGUCGGAUCAUGAAAAGUUGCCCUUUGAUAGAUCAACAGACCUUUCCAGACACCAGUAUGAAUGUAACUGCCACAUGUUUGUUGGAUCUGCACCAAAUUGUUCACACUAAAAAAUACAUGAAAAGAUUGAAAAACGCAAUCCUGGAUUUUCCACUUGAUCCAGAUCCUCACCAAAACCGAUGGGCUCUUCCUCGGGUCAAGCCCCACCCCUCAACAAAAUUACAUAGAAAUCGGAUGCGAGUUGUUUUUGCGUUAUCCUGCCAACUAACAGACACACAAAUAAACUAAAGUAGACAAAAACAUAAGUUGGAGGUAAUAAACCUAAGGAUUCCCGACAGAUUAACGGAGAAUAAAAGAUGAGGAGGGAGCAGCGGGUAUGACGUGCAGCAAAGGUCAAACUUGAGAUGUUGUUACAUGGUGUGCAUCUUCACCUUGAGUCUUUCAGGAUACAAGCACUGAGAGAUCUAUAAGGACUUAUUCAACUAUAAUAAGCAGUUAAACAGGCAGAUAUAAUAGGCAUCACUAAAAAUCAGAUUGCAAAUUUCAUUUCAUUAAAGCAAUAAAAACAUGCAACCAUCUUCAACAAGUGCUUCUAAUCUGUGCUUAGAAGGAGCCAAUUAGUCUGUGUUAGGCCUCAGACUGUGGUUAGCAGCAACUUACAUUAUGUGUAGCAGGACAGGCACGUGCACAGAUCGACCCCUAGUGGUGCUGAAGCACUGGCCCUUUUGCCCUGGAUGAGAAAAGUGCCCUUCUGCUGGAGCCGAAUUUUCUCUUCACUCAACAAUAUUUAAGAAUAAAAAUUACUCUCUCUGUCAUCAAUUGAUGAUUGCUGGUUGUACAUCAAAUUGCCCUUGAAGGAUAUUAAAGAUUUUCUUUUAUGGACAACUUUGGUUAAUCACAAGCUGCACUAACCAAGCUAGAGCAGCAGAGGAACCCAGCAGCCAGCAGGGGGCAGCCUCAGGACAUCACAGCAGACUGAUUCUUGUAAGGCGUCUGAAGACAAGGUUGGAAAACGUACUGGGUUAUUCUCUAACAAUAGGUUUUUAAAGUAUGUUAAAUCAUCCAGUAUCUAAAAGCCAAAAAUAUAAAAGUAACUUUUAAGGAAGGCUGUCAAACAUAUGUCGUAAAGUAGAAAAUAUUUUCUCCGAAUUUUUUACUGUGCUUAAUUCCUUGUGAUGUUCAGGCGGUGUGGCCUAGUUGGCAGUGGGUCCGCCCUCCAACAAUAGAGACCAGGUUCAAAUCCCACUCCUUCCCACAUUCUAGCUGGCAACAUACUGAAAUCUUAAGAUUGGCAGGAUUUCCUCUAAUAAUUGCAAAAUAUAUUACACUAUGUAAAACAUUAACAUAUUAUUUGGUUAUUUGAUAUGGCCUUGUUUUGUCUGUUAUACAUGUAUUUAUUCAAAUUGAUAAUUUGAGUUAGUUCACAAAAAUAAAUAUAUAAGUAGAAAAUA